CGGCAAUUCAAGGCACACAACCGCAGCUUGUGUUUAGCACACCGUUCUUCUGAGCUCUCCCUCUCCUUCGUGCUGCACAUUGAUUGGCAGGUGACAAUGGUGGACAGGGAGGGGCUGACGUACACGCGAUGUUAUUGCGAGGAGAACGUGUGGAAGCUGUUGCAUGAUGAGGCGCCAAGGAUAUCCGCUGGUGACGCUUACAACGCUUGUAACGCGGCGGCAGCCGUAAGCUGGGCGGCCUGCUUCAUCUCCAACCCAAACAAGACAGUGGCAGUGGCGUGCCAGGCGGCAUCGCAGGACGAGCUUGGCUUGGUGGUGUGGGACUACCACGUGGUCGCCAUUGGACCAGACCCACAGACGGGUCAGCCAAGCGUCUUUGACCUCGACACAACGCUUCCUUUUCCCUGCCCAAUUGAGGAGUACUGGCACAAGGCGUUCCUGACCGAUUGGCUUCCGCCACGCCUGCACCCGAUGUUCCGGGUCGUGAAGAGAGACGACUUCCUCGCCCAUUUCUCCUCAGAUCGUUCCCACAUGCUGCGCGAUGGAGACUACAUUGCAGCGCCUCCACCAUACCCACCAAUCCAGCGCAACGGUGUUGCGACAAAUCUCAUGAAGUACAUUGAAAUGAGCCACGAGGACAGAGACAAGGGCGUUGUGUGUGCGACCUUGGAUGCAGUCCUUGAGUAUGUAGCCGGCGACGAUGGUGAUAAUAGCAGUGGUGAUGGUGGUGAUGGUGAUGGUGAUGGUGAUGAUGAUCAUAGCAGUGGUGAUGAUGGUGGCAAUGACAGCGAUGAUGCUGGUGAUGAUAGCGACGGUGAUUAUGAUGGUCGCAGUGGCAGUAAUGGCGGAAAGGGCUUGAAUGAAUGACAGUGACUUGCGCCCGCAGGCUGGAGCCCGGUUAUGCUUAAAGCAUCAGCAUGUGCCCCAAACACACACACACACACACAC